AUCCCACCGGAAGAAGAAACAGACAUGUGACAUUUAACCGGAUGUAAAUAAACUAACCUUCCCGCGCAGUUAAACCGGCCGAACAAGACGGAUAAUCUGACAAAAUGGACGAGCUAUAUUUGGAUAACAUCGACGAAUAUGUCAAUGACCAGGAUAAGAUAGUGACCUAUAAGUGGCUGAGCCUCACUCUAGGAGUCCAUGUCAACACAGCCAAACAAAUGCUCUUCCAUUAUUUGGAUUACAAGAGAAAGGAGAGUUCAGCUCAGCUCCAUGCCACCUACCUCGUGUCAGGGAAUUUUGUGGACAACGGCCAGUUGAGCCACAAGGUGUUGAUUGUAAAAGAGGACAAGUUGGAAGACUUCAAAUCCAAGAUGAGCUUGAUAGCCAGUGUCCACGUCUACAGUGUCCAGAAGGCUUUACUGAAGGACAGCGGUCCCCUCUACAGCGUGGACUAUGAUGCCGUGAAAGACAAUCUGGAGAACUGCAGCAAGUUCAGUGCGAUCAGCUGUGCCUGUGCGGUGCCCGUGUCUUCUGUGGAGCUGCAGCAGACGAGAGAAAUCCAGAGAUCUCCUUCACCAGAGCCUGAGGGCAAAAAGUCUUGCAUGAACGGGAGUGCUAUUCUGGCUUCAAAGCCUGCCAUCAAGCCACAGAAAGGCAUCAUGGGAAUGUUUGGGAACAAGACAUCUCCUAAGAACCAGGAUAACGGCAAAGAGGUUAAGUCUGAGCAGAAGGAGGAUGCAGCUGUGGAUGAUGCCCCCAAAAGCAAGCCAGCUGCAAAAGCCAAUCCCAUGAUGAACUUCUUUGGGAGUCAAGCAGCAAAGAAACCAGAAAAGCCUGUGAAGCAGGAGGAAGCUGCUCCGUCGUCUUCAUCGGUUGAGCCGAAGCCUCCGCAACCUGAAGAAAAACAACCAGCUGCUGUCGUGAAGCCAAAACCUAAAGACACCAAGAUAGAGUUCAGGAGCAAAACCAAGCGAGUCGAGGACUCAAACAGCGAAGACGAGAAAAUGGACAAGAAAAAGAGACGAAGGAUUAAGAAGCCUGUAUCAGAGAGCAGCGAUGAAGAUGUGAUUCCAGAUUCUCCACAGCAGGUGGAAACAAGAGAACCGACACCGAGUCCUAAGAAGGAGAUCAAGGCUGUUUCACAUUCACAUCAGAGAGGUGCUGAGAUGAAUACGAGGAAGAGGAGACGAGUCCUGAAAUCACGCACCUUUUUAGAUGAAGAAGGAUGCAUCGUGACAGAGAAAGACUAUGAGAGUGAAUCGUACUCCGAAACAGAAGACGACUUCCAGGCAGCGAAACACGCUCCGAAACAUCCCGUCCCCGCAAAGCUACCUGCGAGUAACAAACUGGACGAAAAGAAGAGCCAGAAGAAAAAUAACACAAAUAAAGGAUCCAAACAAGCUUCAAUUAUGGGAUUUUUCCAGAAGAAAUGAGGAUGGGCAACGUCAGACCCUUUUUUUAUUGGCACUGAGGAACAACGAACACUGCUGCAGACAUUCUGUGAGGAGGUUUUCAUGAAGCUGAACCUAAAAUACUUGGACGAAUGCAAAUUAGUGUGACGACUAGUUUCCUUUUCACCUCACCAUUACCUGCUUUGAAUACAUGAGAACUCAAUAAACUUUAAACACUGAAACUGAA